CUCUCUUGGAAAUCGCAGCAUGAACAGUAUAAAUAAGGGAGUCGCGGCAGAGAUUGUAUCAGAUUCAGAUCGAGACACGACAAGACAGAAGAGCAAACUACAGCCGAGCUGAAGAAAACGAAACAGCUGCUAACUUUUCAAGAGCUAUCCGAGAUAACUAGGAUAAAAAAACAGCUAUAAUAUUUCUAUCAGCAUGUCUGCAAACGGAGUAGCUGUGGGCAUUGACCUGGGCACCACAUACUCCUGUGUGGGGGUCUUCCAACACGGAAAAGUGGAAAUCAUCGCUAAUGACCAGGGCAACAGAACCACCCCCAGCUAUGUGGCUUUCACCGACACUGAGCGUCUCAUUGGAGAUGCUGCCAAGAACCAGGUGGCUCUGAACCCCAACAACACAGUGUUUGAUGCCAAGAGGCUGAUUGGCCGCAGGUUUGAUGACUCCACAGUGCAGGCCGACAUGAAGCACUGGCCCUUUAAGGUGGUGAGUGACAGUGGUAAACCUAAGCUCAGAGUGGAGUACAAGGGAGAAGACAAGACCUUCAGCCCAGAGGAAAUCUCCUCCAUGGUUCUGGUGAAGAUGAAGGAGGUGGCAGAGGCCUACCUGGGCCACAAGGUGUCCAACGCAGUGAUCACAGUCCCAGCCUACUUCAACGACUCCCAGAGACAGGCCACUAAAGACGCAGGUGUGAUUGCCGGACUCAACGUCCUGAGAAUCAUCAACGAGCCUACGGCCGCCGCUAUCGCCUACGGCCUGGACAAAGGCCAUUCUGGAGAGCGCAACGUCCUCAUCUUUGACCUGGGAGGGGGCACCUUUGACGUGUCCAUCCUCACCAUCGAAGACGGUGUCUUUGAAGUCAAGGCCACGGCUGGAGACACCCAUCUGGGUGGAGAGGACUUUGACAACCGCAUGGUCACCCACUUUGUGGAGGAGUUCAAGAGGAAACACAAGAAGGACAUUAGCCAGAACAAGAGAGCCCUGAGGAGACUGCGUACAGCGUGUGAAAGGGCUAAGAGGACUCUGUCCUCCAGCUCCCAGGCCAGCAUUGAGAUAGACUCUCUAUUUGAGGGACAGGACUUCUACACCUCCAUCACCAGAGCACGCUUUGAGGAGCUAUGCUCAGACCUGUUCAGAGGAACGCUGGAGCCUGUGGAGAAAGCCCUGAGAGACGCCAAAAUGGACAAAGGACAGAUCCAUGAUGUGGUCCUGGUCGGGGGCUCCACCAGGAUCCCUAAAGUCCAGAAACUCCUGCAGGACUUCUUCAAUGGCCGCGACCUGAACAAGAGCAUUAAUCCAGAUGAGGCGGUGGCUUAUGGGGCUGCCGUCCAGGCUGCUAUCCUCUCCGGGGACACUUCAGGGAAGGUCCAGGACCUGCUCCUGCUGGACGUAGCUCCUCUGUCCCUGGGCAUCGAGACAGCCGGAGGGGUCAUGACGGCCCUGAUCAAACGCAACACCACCAUUCCCACCAAGCAGACCCAGACCUUCAGCACCUACUCCGACAACCAGCCCGGGGUCCUGAUCCAGGUGUACGAAGGGGAGAGAGCUAUGACCAAAGACAACAACCUGCUGGGCCGCUUUGAGCUGACUGGGAUCCCCCCUGCCCCCCGAGGGGUCCCUCAGAUUGAGGUCACCUUUGACAUCGACGCCAACGGCAUCCUGAACGUGUCGGCGGUGGACAAGAGCACCGGUAAAGAGAACAAGAUCACCAUCACCAACGAUAAAGGCCGACUGAGCAAAGAGGAGAUCGAGAAGAUGGUGCAGGAUGCAGAGAAGUUCAAAGCUGAGGACGAGGCCCAGAGGAACAGGGUCAGUGCCAAGAACGCUCUGGAGGCCUAUGUGUUCACUGUGAAAAACAGUGUGCAAGACGAGGCUGUGAGCAGCAAACUGAAUGAGGAUGACCGCAAGAAACUGCUGGACAAGUGUGAGGAGACCAUGAGCUGGCUGGACAACAACCAACUGGCAGAGGUGGAGGAAUACCAGCACAAACAGAAAGAGCUGGAGAAAGUGUGCAAGCCCAUCAUCAGUAAGCUGUACCAGGGAGUGCCCCCCACAGGCAGCUGCAGAGAGGACGCUCGGGGGAGCUCCCAGGGGCCCACCAUUGAGGAGGUGGACUAAAGUGACUCUUCUAACACUGAGGUCUGCUUUAAAUUGAAUUUAGUCCUUUCAUUGGACAGUACCAGACAUUUGUACAUUGUGCAGUUUAAUUCACAGCAUUAUUUGUUUAUAAGAAGCUGUAAAAAUGUAAAUAAUGUCCUAUUUUGAAAUUGUACAAAAUGUAAGAAAUAAAAUGUGCUUGUUAAUUUA